UUUCUCCUUCUCCUUUCCUGUUUCUCUGAGUCGCUUUUCCGCCAUUCUACCCAAUUUCUCUCAUCAAUCAAUUCCUGUCCCCUCUGCUCAGUUGCCCCAAGGCAUUGUAGCGAUUCAUCGCACCUCUUCUCACUCUGUGUCCGGAAUUCUUCAUCGGCGUUUUUGGGAGAGAGGAUUUGUAAUUUGGGACACAGGCUGAAAUGACGAAGGUGCCGCUGCCACAGUCGCCGACAGGCUUUGUGACCUACGAGCCGGAGCACGUCAUGAACUAUAGGGGUGGAUCAGUGCUGGGGAAGAAGACCAUUCUGAAGAGCGACCACUUUCCUGGAUGCCAAAACAAGCGCCUCGCUCCCCAGAUUGACGGCGCUCCCAAUUACAGGCAGGCUGGAUCUUUGCCAGUUCACGGGGUUGCUAUUCCUACAAUUAAUGGAAUCAGGAAUGUACUUAUUCAUAUUGGUGCACGACAGAAUGGGAAACAAAAGAAAGUACUUUGGCAUAAUCUCCGUGAAGAACCAGUGGUAUACAUAAAUGAUUGUCCUUUUGUCUUGCGAGAUGUGGAAAAGCCCUUCUCCAAUCUAGAGUACACGGGAAUAAACAGAGCUAGAGUUGAACAGAUGGAAUUUCGUUUAAAAGAAGAUAUCCUGAUUGAAGCGGCCCGGUAUGGGAGUAAAAUUCUUGUUACUGAUGAACUGCCUGAUGGUCAGAUGGUGGACCUAUGGGAACCAGUGACACGGGAUCAUGUUAAGACUCCUUUGGAGGUUUAUCAAGAGUUGCAGAUGGAAGGCUACCUUGUUGAUUAUGAGAGGGUUCCCAUUACAGAUGAAAAGUCCCCUAAAGAGCGAGAUUUUGAUGAUUUGGUGCAUCGGAUUUCUCAAGUGGAAAAUGAUACUGAAUAUAUUUUUAAUUGUCAAAUGGGUAGGGGAAGAACUACAACAGGGAUGGUGAUAGCUACUUUGGUUUACCUUAAUCGUAUUGGAGCAUCGGGCAUUCCAAGGACGCAUUCCAUUGGAAAAAUUUUCAACACUGGGGUUGAUGUCACUGAUAAUAUGCCUAAUUCUGAGGAUGCUGCACGGAGAGGUGAAUACACUGUUAUUAGAAGCCUAGUUCGUGUACUGGAGGGUGGAGUAGAGGGAAAACGGCAAGUGGACAAAGUUAUUGAUAAGUGUGACGCCAUGCAGAAUUUGAGAGAAGCUAUUAGCAAUUAUCGUAACAAUAUACUUCGCCAGCCUGACGAGAAGAAGAGGGAAGCCUCACUAUCCUUCUUUGUGGAAUACUUGGAAAGAUAUUACUUUCUCAUUUGCUUUGCUGUUUACAUCCACACAGAAAGAGCAGCUCUUCAUGCUAGUUCAACCGAGAGAAAAACAUUUUCAGACUGGAUGAGAGCAAGACCCGAACUGUAUAGCAUACUGCGCAGGUUGUUGAGGAGAAAUCCAAUGGGUGCGCUUGGAUUUUCUAGACCAAAACAAUCUAUUAUGAAAAUUGGUGAAUCUUCGGAUGGUCGUCCUUUUGAGAUAGGUGUGGUGGCAGCUGCAAGGAGCGGAGAAGUUCUUGGAAGCCAAACCGUUCUAAAAAGUGAUCAUUGUCCAGGUUGUCAAAAUCUUAAUUUGCCAGACAGAGUGGAGGGUGCCCCUAAUUUUCGAGCGGUCCCUGGGUUUCCAGUUUAUGGUGUUGCCAAUCCCACUGUGGAUGGCAUUCGAGCUGUUGUUCAAAGGAUUAGUGGAACUAGAGGCUAUCGUCCUGUUUUGUGGCAUAACAUGAGGGAAGAGCCAGUUAUCUAUAUAAAUGGAAAGCCUUUUGUGCUACGUGAAAUGGAAAGGCCGUACAAAAACAUGUUAGAAUACACGGGAAUAGAUUGUGAUAGAGUGGAAAGAAUGGAAGCCCGUCUAAAGGAGGACAUUUUGAGGGAAGCAGACCGCUAUGGUGGUGCUAUAAUGGUAAUUCAUGAAACUGAUGAUGGGCAAAUUUUUGAUGCGUGGGAACAUAUCAAUGCUCAAUUUGUUCAGACUCCAUUAGAGGUCUACAAACGAUUGGAAAUGGAGGGUCUUCCCAUCAAGUAUGCACGUGUACCUAUAACUGAUGGAAAAGCUCCUCAGAGUUCAGAUUUUGAUGCCAUUGCAGCAAAUGCUGCAUCUUCGUCCAAAAAUACUGCUUUUGUUUUCAAUUGCCAGAUGGGUAGGGGCAGAACAACGACGGGUACUGUGAUAGCUUGCCUUCUUAAAUUACGAAUUUCUUAUGGGAGACCUAUUAAAAUUCAAUUGGAAGAUGUUUCCAAUAGAGAGUCAGAUGGUGAUUCAAUCCGUGAUGUUACUUUCAGUGAUAACAUUUCAUUAGUGUCAAAUCUAGCAAAAUCCCGAAGUGGGAAGGAACUUCAUCGUGCUUUUGGAAUAAACGACAUUAUCAUAUUGAGGAAAAUUACUAGAUUGUUUGAUAAUGGAGCAGAGUGCAGAAAGGUUUUGGAUGCUGUGAUCGACAGAUGCUCGGCUCUGCAGAACAUACGCAAGGCUGUUCUGCAAUACAGAAAAGUAUUCAAUCAACAGCAUGCAGAACCUAGAGUAAGGAAGAUGGCCUUACAUCGUGGUGCUGAGUAUCUUGAGUGCUACUUUAGGUUAAUUGCUUUUGCAGCAUACCUUGGAAGCGAAGCAUUUGAUGGUUUCUGUGGAGAAGGAGAAACUAAAAUCACCUUCAAAGCUUGGUUGCAUAGGAGACCAGAGAUUCAGACUAUGAAAUGGAGCAUUAGGCUACGUCCAGGGAGAUUCUUCACAAUUCCGGAGGAGGCUAGAACCCUACAAGAAUCUCAGCAUGGUGAUGUCGUGAUGGAUGCUAUAGUUAAGUCUCGCAGUGGUUCAGUUUUAGGAAAGGGUUCUAUACUAAAGAAAUACAUUUUUCAUGGGCCAAAAGUUUCAAGCAGAAUUGAAUUUCAAGGUGCACCAAAUGUGUACAAGGUGGAUGGAUACUCUGUUUAUAGUAUGGCAACUCCAACUGUUGAUGGCGCUAGGGAAAUGCUAGACUAUUUGGGUGCCAGGUGGACUGGAAAUGGAGGUACUCCGCCAAAAGUUCUAAUAAUGGAUUUGAGAGAGGAAGCCGUUAUCUACAUCAAUGGCUUACCUUAUGUUCUUAGAGAAUUAGAUCAGCCAGUUGAUACGCUGAGAUAUGUUGGAAUUAGUGGGCCUUUGGUAGAAAGCAUAGAGUUGAGGAUGAAAGAGGAUAUAAAUUCUGAAGUUUCCCAGUCAAAGGGCCAAAUACUUCUGCAUCAAGAGGAAUUUAAUCCAGUUACUAACCGUUGCAUUGUUAUUGGAUUUUGGGAGCAUGUCUUGUUAAAUGAUGUCAAGACACCAGCUGAAGUAUAUGCUGCUUUGAGGGAUGAAGGAUACAACAUAGAAUAUAGGAGGAUACCUUUAACUAGAGAAAGAGAACCAUCUGCUGCAGAUGUUGAUGCGAUAAAAUACUGUAAAAAUGAUUGUGCCAGGUAUCAUCUUUUUGUUUCGCUUACAGGACAUGGAGGGGUUGCAUAUGCAAUGGUUAUCAAAUGUCUUGGAUUAGAUGCAGAUGCAAAGGUUUCAUCAGGAGCAUCUGAGAAUGCUGAAACAUUUGUUUCUUCAGCAUUACCCAUAAAUAAUCCUGCUUACGGACCUGUUUGUGAAGAAGGACUAAAGUAUGGAGACUAUAGUGAUAUACUAAGUCUUACUAGAGUAUUGAUCCAUGGGCCAAAGUGCAAAGCUGAGGUUGAUGCUCUCAUAGAAAGGUGUGCUGAUGCUGGGAAUUUAAGAGAUGACAUUCUGUAUUCAAAGAAGGAGUUACUGAAUUGUUCAAAUGAUGAUGAUGAAACUCGGGCAUACCUUAUGGAUAAGGGUAUUAAAGCUUUGAGAAGAUAUUUCUUCCUGAUCACAUUUCGUUCCUACCUGUACUGUGCAUCUCCAAAUGAAACAAGAUUUGCAACCUGGAUGGAAGCCAGGCCUGAGCUCGGCCAUCUCUGUGAAAAUUUGAAGUUGGAGAGAUGAGUUGUGCUACUACAGUGACGGACGAGGUGUGUUUACAAUAUUUCAAUGAAUGAGAAAGAGGGAGGGUUUCUUACUGCAGAGCAAUAGGUUAGUGAAUUUAAGAUAAUAACCUCCUGAACUUUUAUACUGGUUAUUGUUAUGUAUAGUCUUGUUUAUGUGGUUAAAUUUUUAUUUCCCUUGUUUACUGAAUAGUAUUCCCUGUACUAUUUGCUUGCCACUUCUCUGAUUGUACAGACCAACUAACUGGAUCAGACGUCCCAAAUGUAAUGACACUCUCAUAUAGUCAUAUCUAAACUAUUUUUAGUCUACUGUGUUUAUAUAUUUCCUA